AGAAGUAUUGCUGAUUUGUCCCACAUGCCAGCCCAGGUCCUGUGCAACGCCGUCGAUAGAUCCCUCUCGUGGCUGGAGGGCCACUUGCCGGUGGAAGCUGCACGGGAGAAGUUCCCCUUGGUCAACACUGGGAUAGAGUUGGCCGAUACGUAUGGUCGGCCCUUGGUCGUUAAGGUUGACUCGGGGCUGGAUGGGGCUGUCGAUAGAGGCAGCAAGCUCUUGGAGAGUAUUCGGAGCAACUCGGAUGCGAUAGUGGCGUUGGUCGGACGUAUGAGGGAUUCCUUUUCAUCUAACAAACAAGUUGUGCAAUCGAAGAUCACAGGGCUGGCUGAGGAUGGUAGGGGCCAGCUCACCCACCUGCAGGAGCUCACUGUCCAGACCGCGACGGAGACCUAUAAGGUUGCCUCUGCUAGGAUUCGAAGCAUACCCCGCUCUCUCAACAUUGACGUUCAUCUCGUCUUUGAUACCGACAAUCGCAUCAUCGGCGGCAUCGUUCGCGCCAAGGACAAGCUUAUUACUAUCACCACUCGCGGCCUCGAUAUGACUGUUGGCGAGGACCGUCGUAGAGUGGUCUUCGAGCGCGGCACGGAAGCCUUUGAUAUUGUCAUGGGGUAUGCUAAGAAAUUCGUACCGGCUGUUGGUGGAAGUCCUUCGCCCCUCGCUGAGUCGGCCUCGCUGGCUCCGACCCACUAGGUGGCCGCUACUUUUUUUUCAUGAAAGCCGCUGUUCUAACUUUGAAUAGAUCUUUAUUAUGAUAUGUGUAAUUCAUAGAUCUGUGGAGUAUGUAGCAGAUUCGACGGUGCUCAGUUUUCUAUCAAUGAUCCCAUCCAUUUUGAGGAGCAGUGGGGGAGACAGUUCCAAUAGGAUGCGAGAACAUGUGAUUUUUUUGUCGAACUGGGCGGUUUCUGAGCUUGCUGGUGGGUGUAUA